AUUUAAAUACACUGUGUUCAGUUGCUGUGCUCUGUUAAUUAGCAUAUUUCGAAAUGCCAUUAAAUGAGUGUUUAUUAAUGUUUAUGUGAGAUUUCAAUUAGGAAACUUUGGAAUACCUUUUUUGUUCACUAGUGUUAGUGCAAGUUUUGAACUAGGAAACUAUAAGGAUAUAUUUCUUCCCUAAUGUUUGUGUGAGAUUUGAUCAAGGAAACUCUAAGGAUAUAUUUCUUGUUCCCCAAAGUUAGUGUGAGAUUUGACCAAGGAAACACAUUGGAAUAGCUUUCUUCUGUCUCCCAGUGUUAGUGUGAGCUUUGAGCAAGGAAACACAUUGGAAUAGCUUUCUUCUGUCCCCCAGUGUUAGCGUGAGGCCAUGUGAACACCUGGACGUGUGGGUCAGUUGCUCACAUGAUUCGAAGGGUCAACAGCUGGCGAGAUCUGGGCGCCGACACGGCUGGCACCAGCACCUUCGGGGUGCCCCUGAGCCCCACCUGGGGUGGCGCCCACGUGCCAACGGAGCCGUCAAGGGACAGCAAACAUGAUAUGGGGGAGCAACCAAUCUUCACCACACGGGCCCAUGUGUUCCAGAUUGACUCGGCCACCAAGAAGGAGUGGGUGCCGGCCAGCAAGACAUCGGUCAGUGUCUCCUACUACUACGACAGCGCCAGAAACACCUACAGGAUCAUCAGCGUGGAUGGUUCCAAGGCUAUUGUCAACAGCACAAUCACCCCCAACAUGACCUUCACAAAAACAUCCCAGAAGUUUGGCCAGUGGUCAGAUCCCAGGGCCAACACUGUCUAUGGCCUGGGGUUUGCCACAGAACAGGAGCUGACCAAGUUCAUAGAAAAAUUUAAAGAGAUCAAAGAACUGACCAGACAGGCAGCAGGGCUGAAGCAGCCAGAGGUGAAUGGCACUGACAACCACGCACCAUCCCCACAGCCAACCAGACAGACAAUGCAUCAGAGAACCAACAGUCUUUCAUCCAUCCAGAAUGAGUCUGGAAGUCUUCGAGAGAGGCGCAAUUCUUUUACACAAGGAGGAACAAAUGGCCUCCCUGCCAGCACCUCCACAGAGGCUCAGCUCAAAUAUGAGAACGACCGUCUCAAGCUGGCAUUAGCUCAAAGUUCGGCUAAUGCCAAGAAGUGGGAGGUGGAGCUCCAGACCUUGAAGAACAACAACGCCCGCCUGACAGCAGCACUACAGGAGAGUACAGCCAACGUGGAGGAGUGGAAGAAACAGCUGGCCGCCUACAAGGAAGAAAGUGUGAGGUUGAAAAAAAGACUGCUGGACCAUGACAAGGGUGCUGGGGGGGACCCCCUGAUGGUGGGUCAGCUGACUGACCAGCUGGAGAGGAUUCGCCUUGAGAACCAUAACAAACAGGAGGAGAUCAAACGAUUAACGAGUCAGCUUCAAGAAUUUGCACUUAAAGAUGCCCAGGCUGCUUCAUUACAGUCUAGAAUCCAGACUCUGGAAGAAGAGAAUCAUUCUCUGAGCCUCCGCCUGCAAGACAGCCAGAGACAGCUGCAGGAAUGUAGGUCAUCAAAGGAGCAGGAUUCCAGGGAGCUGGUACGGCUUCAGGAAAUCCUUGGCGCCAAGCUCUCAGAGCUGUACGACACCCAUGAGACGAUUCUCUCAGUCAUCAGGAGGGAAUCCAACAGCUAGCUUGUUGUGCUACAGCUAGACCGCAAGUAUUUUCAAAUCACAGGAAGCGAGAGAUUGACCUGUAGUUGAUUGGAAGCAAGAGAUUGACCUGUAGUUGAUUGGAAGCAAGAGAUUGACCUGUAGUUGAUUGGAAUGGCUGAAUGUUGAUCUACACAGGGACACUGUUUAAAGUUUCUCACUUAUCUUAGCAAAUCUCUUGUGUGGUUGUGCACAUCAUCAAUGUGGUUGUGCUCAUGACACAUGUGGUUGUGCUCAUGACACAUGUGGUUGUGCACAUCAUCAAUGUGGUUGUGCUCUUGACACAUAUGAUUGUGCUCAUCACAAAUAUGGUUCCUGGAAUUGCCGUCCUAUUCAUAUAUCAUUUCUCAUCAUGUGGAGAUAUUUUUAUCAAAUUUGCGCUGACAAAUGAACUCACUGAUCUGAACACCCUUCAUUGUUUUCUCACCUUAUUCUUUGUGCGCUUUAUCAUCAAAUGUUAAUUUACAAUUCUUGUGUAAGAGGAGAAAAAUAAUAGUUAUAGAUCUGUGUAGUAAAGAGACAUUGAUGUGAGUUUAAUGUAAAACAGAUGGUCAAAUUUUAUGUUCAAUACAUGCAAAUGUCACUGUUGUUGAUAGAUAGAUUAUUUUCUUUUUGUGAAUUUAAAAAUCAUCUGUGUAACUCUCCACAACAUAUCAGAGACAAUUUGUAUUUUAUUUUACUAUAACUUUAUAAUCUCUCAGUUGUAUUUGGUUUUAUUAUACUCAAACUUGUUACUUAUUUGUUUACUAAUUAAUUGAUUAGGACGUUAAAGAAAGUAAUUGUGUGAUAUUAUCUUACAUGAACUUGUUUUUUCUUGUAAGAAAACAUCUCAUGCUCUUCUGUUGUACAAAUGCUAAUGUCAAUGUAAUCAAAUGAACAAAUGAGUUUUUUUCUGUUAAAUUUGGCUUUACAUGUAUUUAAUUAAUAUAAGCAAUUUUGCUGAUUUUUUUUUUGUUUUCAUUAAUAAAUUAGGGCUGUUCUCUGUGUAAAUUGUGAUUGAUUUACUGCUAGAAAACAGCGCACUUAAUUUUUUUUUUACUGUACAUAUAUUAGAUUUUAAAAUUAACCAGUGUAGAUGUUCCUGUUAUGUGAUUUCUUGAGAUUUUUGGCCUGCGGUGCCAAACGAAAGUUGGAUGUUCCAAAUUUAAUGUUGGUUAUCAUUGGUGGGGUUGCAUUGGCGACUCACAGGCCAGAUGGUAUAGAUUUUUUUAACAGCUUUGGUUGUGCAAUGAUGUCAGGCAGGGAUGUAUUGGCAAUACCAGCACAAAUGGUAGAAGUUGUGCAAUAGUAGUUGGUAGGCAAGUUUAGUGGUGUUGAUACAAAAGGGUAAAUCUUGAAAUAGUUAAGUGGUGUUGAUACAGAAUGGUGAAUCUUGAAAUAGUUAAGUUUAGUGGUGUUGAUACGGAAUGGUAAAUGUUGAAAUAGUGAAGUUUAGUAGUUUUGAUACAGAAUGGUGAAUCUUGAAAUAGUUACGUUUAGUGGUUUUGAUACAGAAUGGUGAAUCUUGAAAAUAGUAAAGUUUACUGGUGUUUAUACAGUUUGGUAAAUCUUGAAAUAGUAAAGUUUAGAGGUGUUGAUACAGGUCAGUGAGAAUUGAAAUAGCAAAGUUUAGAUUUGGGUUAAUGCUAAUGUAGACACUGUCAGACUGUAUACAUUAUUUUACAAGGGUUUACAUUGGGAUAUUUUAGUUAGCAUUUCAAAAGUUUAAAAAAAAAAAUACUAUUUU